AUGUGCAAUGUCUCAGUGAGUGAUGACAUCAUCAUGAUCCCAGAGCCUGCUGAUCUGUGUCAGUGUUGGUGGUGGUGUGUUGUGUGUUCUCUCUGUGUCUGUGAGCUGGGUUGCCUGCUGUCACAGCAUUUUAUCUCCCCCCAUUGCCUGGGGAAUUCCAGCCUGGGAUCUGUCAGAGUGUGGAUCCAUCAUCCUCCUCUCACUGCAUCUGUCACCCUGCCACUGCCAGCCACAGAUACAGCCUGUCCGUGACACUGAUUUUGUCUUUAAUAUUGGUGCCGGUAGAAUCUUAUGGCAC